AUGGCCGUGUGGAGGUACGUGUGGCUGGCGGUGGUCAUGAUGGCCACCACGGUGGCCAGCAACCACAACCGGCCGUCCUCGUCGGGCGGCCAGGGCACGUCGCAGUCGCACCCGCGGCCGGGGCAGCUGCGGCCGCCCGCCGUGGACCCCUACGAGGAGGCCUCCAGCGAGGUGCCGGGUGACUGGCCUCUCUUCGUGGACAACCACACCAACAACCACCACGGCACGGGGGGUCACGACGCCAACGCGUCCGUCGCCAACGUCACCAAGACCCCACUCUUCCCGCCCGACAUCUUCACCAUGGAGCAGCGGCGCCACGGCGCCAUCGCGCUGCACGUCGUCGGCCUGGUCUACAUGUUCGUGGCGCUGGCCGUCGUGUGCGACGAGUUCUUCGUGCCGGCCCUCGACGUCAUCAUCGAGAAGCUCGACAUCGCCGACGACGUGUCCGCCGCCAACCACGUGGGCACACUGUCCGAGACGAGGCUGUCAGUGGACCAGCCCAAUGGCAUCCUCGGCGGCCCCAUCAACGACCAGAGCCAAGCCGACGCGGUGUCCGAGGAGCCAGUGUCGCACUCUUUCCGUGAAACGGCCGCCGUUCGUCGCGGCUCAACCUUCCUCAGAGCGCACUCGACUCGAAGGUCCACUCUGCCGUCUCAGACUGAGCUCACCGGGCUGAACCCUGGCGGGGACACUGCCCCGGACGGCGAGGAGCCCGAGGAGCCGGAGGCCCUGGACAUGACCUGGCCGGACACCACCCGCAAGAGGAUCACCUACCUUCUCAUCGCACCCAUUGUCUUCCCGCUGUGGCUCACCCUGCCCGACACCCGCACACCCAGGGGCAAAAGGUUUUUUCCCUUGACCUUCCUCGGCAGCAUCUGCUGGAUCGCCGCGUACUCGUACUUGAUGGUGUGGUGGGCCAACGUGGUGGGCGACACCGCCAACAUUCCCCCGGAGGUGAUGGGGCUGACGUUCCUGGCGGCCGGCACGUCCAUCCCCGACCUCAUCACCAGCGUCAUCGUGGCGAGGAAAGGCUUCGGGGACAUGGCCGUGUCUUCCUCCGUCGGCAGCAACAUCUUCGACGUCACUGUCGGCCUGCCCGUGCCCUGGCUGCUGUACGGCAUCAUCUACGGCAAGCCGGUGGAGGUGAACAGCCACGGCAUGGUGUGCUCCAUCGCCAUCCUCUUCAUGAUGCUGCUCUUCGUGAUCCUGUCCAUCGCGUGCUUCAACUGGCGCAUGAACAAGUCGCUAGGAUUCACCAUGUUCGUGCUGUACUUCGUGUUCGUGGCGGUGUCACUCAUGUUCGAGUACAAGUACCCGUUCGAGUGCCCCUUCUAGCUUGCUGGCCUUGCCAUGAUGAUGAUGGCCUUGCUGGCGUGGUGAGGACGAUGUGCGAACACAAACUGACCGGUGGCCCGGGCCAAGGCGCAACCAAGGUGCAACCCGGUGCAACCCGGUGCAACCAGGUGCAACCAGGUGCAACCAGGUGCAACCAGGUGCAACCGGUGCAACCAGGUGCAACCAGGACCCCGGUCGGCCCGGGCCGCGAUGCCACUGUUGUCAACCACAAGACUGCGUCCCUCCCCCCCUUCUCCUCCAUCUAUUCUAGGGUAGGCCAGGGUAUGUUCUAAUGAUGCUUUAGUUGGUUAGGUUGGUACUUAGGGGGCACUAUUUUUACUACACGCCGGGCCACGCUGGCAGCAGUGGGCCACCUGGUCGCGCUCCAAACGACGGCCCCCCAUUACGUCACAGCCUCACUACGGGGUGAGGUGGAGGGGCCGAAAGAAACGCACAAAACUUGCUUCAUGUUUCCUUUGGCAUCAUGGCCCAUUCAUGGGGUCCCCCGUGCGGGUUGGAGAGAGAGGGAACGAACGCGUUCGGAAUGGCGUCAAGUUUAACAGUACUUUAAGAGGGGGUUUCGAUAUAGAUCGUUAUUUUAGUAUGUAUAAAGGCACUAACUUUUAAACAAUAAACCAUGAACGAAGUAUUACAGAUAAACUAAACAUUACUCAUUAAACUCAUGGCGAUACCGUCGUGGCAAUUUACAUCUUAGACGUACUAAUUAUAACCCAUCGUAAUUUUUUAAAGGAUAGAUCUACAACAUAUAUUUUAUAAAUGUUGACCAUUGUAAAGAUAACUUAAUUUUGUUAAUCCUGUUUUGUACAGCUUCUGUGUUGUAGGAGAAAGGCUUAGUGUCGUUUCUUGGUUUUGUAUUUGGUUUCUUGGUGUCUUAAACACAGUCCUUCUACGUAGUUGCCGAGACAAUAUUGACAGUGUACUUCUUUACUGCCUGUCAGUCGCCACAGUUUUCACUCCCGGUACAAACAAUUCCGUUUGCUGGCGUUUGGGUGUCGCCUCACAGUGAGCCAGAAGACCGGUGGAGGCGGCUGAAAUUAUAGGCGGGUUUUGAGCUUCUGAGUCGUUUAAAGGGACUCAAACCGAACGCGUGACCUCACCAAUGGAUUUCUCUCCGAACAAGGAAUCCAAUGGUGGGGUGACACGCUCCGUUCGGGACCUGUUUGGGGACUCUGGAGCUCAAAACGGGCUUCGAGUUUUGGCCGCCUCCACCGGUCUUCUGGCCCACUGUGCGCCUGUAGGAUCGCCGGGAAUUUUAAAUUAUGCCAGACCCUGUUCCCGCGAAAUUGGUCGCGAGUCUUGUGGUGCUCGCGAACUUUCUGUUGGUGCAAAACGAUCGAUAUGUCGUCCUCAUUGCUCCAUCGUUGUGAAACUAGCUUGAGACUUGCGGUUGGUAUGUAAAUCAAAAAUAUUCAAUUGGCCGAUGGACUGUCGCUGUAUUGCGAGUGGCUUGGGUAAACUUUUGGGAUAGUUUUGUUGUUGUUAUUGUUGUUGUGCCUGCCGUGCCAGCUUGCCCCGAUUAUAAUCUACGUAUUCUCACCUCGACCUGUUCGAAGCGCUGCGUUCCCCACGAGAGCCACGAGUGGCCACUAUAGUGGCCAACCGAGUAGCCACCUUAGUAGCCAAACGAGUGGCCACCCUAGUUACCAACCGAGUGGCCACCCUAGUGGCCAAUCGAGUGGCCACCUCAGCAAGACCACGCUGGCCUGGGCUGAGCAGAACCCCGCGCUCCUUCCUGGUGGUUGGUGGGUGCGGUUUGGACAGGUGUCCCCACUAAGUUGAUGUUGCUAUCGAAACAGCAAGUUGCAAUCAACGGACAGAGUCUUGUUGUCUCGACAACAACCUAGACAUAGUUGGAGCCAUGCCCUUUUUUUGGCGGAGGUGUUCCGAUUGCUCAAUGUCAGUUAGUACGGGGCGUUCUGGCGCGGCUCGCAGGGAUUGGACGGCAUUUUCUGAGCUGCAACACAGCUUUCCAGGCGCGCUUCGCAGACAAACCCAGAACUUAUCUUUCGGUUCGCAUUCGUCAAAACUGGAUUUCUAGUAAAAAGUCGUUUCUAUCUUCUUUCACAUUAAUGAAUCGGACAUUCAGUAUUGAUAUAGAGAUAUUGUAGACAAGGACUCUUGCCGAGAGUCGUACGAAAAUUUUUGUAUAAGGUCUUUGUAUCGUAUGGUAGUAUUGAAAUUUUCAAAAUUUCUAGCCCUUUCAAUUGACUUUGUGAUUGUGUGAGUUGGACUCACAUUUAUGGCUCUUCUUGAGACGCCAAUCUGUUUAUAUUUUCCGUAGAUUUUCCACCUCCUGUUAUAUGCAUAAAUAGAGCCAAUUACUCUGGCUCCCUCUCUUUCUAUCCCGAGUGCGCGAAAAGGAAACGAAAUUCGAACUUGCUGGCAGCCUUACUUGCGUCCUUGAGAGUGGCUCUACAAGUCCUCACGAAUGUCCAAGUCCUCGAAUGGAGUUGCUAUCUUUUCCGCACUCGGCGGUGGUUUUAAUCAUAUUUUUAAUUUCCUUUAAGACAGAGGAACGUGUUCUUCACUAGCAACCUUCCUCUCCGUAUGUUUUCGUCUUCUUUGGCGGCCAGCCAACCCUGGCCCGCGACAAAAGCAAUAAUUCGUAGCGUGUUAAUGUUGUUGUUGUUGUUGUGCGAGCCCCGGUGAAGCCCUGGGGCUUUAGCAUCAGGCGGAUGUCUGGUCUCGCGAACUGAUCUUUGCAAUGCCCCGCGAACAUGGCUUCCGCCCUGUCAAUGCCUCUUUCUCUUUCUCUUUUCCUCUGAGGGUAUGAUCGUGUACAUACUGUAUAUAGUGCAGGCCGGCCUGGGGCUGCGCGAUCCCACCCGCUGCAGUCCGGCCCAUGGUGCUGGGCGUCUUAAGGCACGGUUUAAGGCACGGCCUAAAGGCUCGGCCUAAAGGCUCGGCCUAAAGGCUCGGCCUAAAGGCUCGGCCUAAAGGCUCGGCCUAAAGGCUCGGCCUAAAGGCUCGGCCUAAAGGCUCGGCCUAAAGGCUCGGCCUAAAGGCUCGGCCUAAAGGCUCGGCCUAAAGGCUCGGCCUAAAGGCUCGGCCUAAAGGCUCGGCCUAAAGGCUCGGCAUAAAGGCAUGGCCCAAAGGCAGGGCCUCAAGGCACGGCCCCAGUCACGGCCCAAGGCACGGCUGAAGGCCAACACGGCGAGUUACGGGUUAGAGGUAGCUGUGGCAAUUUUUUGGUUUCACUAUACUACUGGAUCUACUGUACAUUUUACGCAUUUCUAAACAUGUAACAAACCCCUAGCUGUAUAUCAUUUACUCGUCAGGGGUGGACCCCCACCUAGUGGCUUCUAAUGUCGGACGUAACGACUGGUGCCCAUGUUGUAAAAUGUGCCUGUCACGUGUCGAUGUUGCAUAAGUGCCUAGUUUCAAAAUAUUGCUCUCACAAUAAGGUAAUUUAACAGUCUUUUUGUAAACAAAUUCUCUCUUCGUUAUUAACAUAAGCCGUUGGCCACAUAUCAAGACUUAGUGAUACUUAGAGUGAGAAACGAAUCUUGUGAUAAGUUACCAAGAAAAUUGUAGAAGAGUUAAACUGCAUGCACAACAUGCGAAAAAAAAUAUGUUUCCAUUUUUGGCCAAGAACGGCGGGACGCCUGCGUUCUAUGAUAACUAAAUCACUCUUUUGAUUCGGUUUUCAUUCGCAAAGUUUCUUUCUUUUCGUUGAUCCUCACGCAGAGGACGACGCUCCAGUUGUCAAGAAUUAACCAAGUGUUUCUCUCUCAGACUCUAGCGGGCUGAAGGCUCUUAUUGUAAAUAGAGAGGAGCAAAGAAGAGACGCUUUAACCCGAGAUGUACAUUUCCUUUGAGUGCAUCGAAAUACAGCUUUGCGUCCCAAAGUGACUCAGAAUGUUCAGCGCUUGCUAGGACUUGAAAGAGAUCUUGUGAUUUGUGGCUGCAGGUUGUGAUACUUCUGUAGAUUGUGUUUUGUAAUAGUGAUAAAAUUGUGUGGCCAUUGUUGGAACUUCUGUGCAAAACAGCUGGUUAUCUGUUGAAUGCCUCAAAUAAUGUGAAUAGUUUAGGGUUUUCUCAAGUCGAUUGUCGGGUCUCUAAACAUGCGUCCGUGCUUCGCGGUAAAAAUCUCACCCAAAAUAUUUUUGAUUUUGAAAUGCCGAGCACACGAAGCACAGCCAACGACUCUUUGUUGAUGCUGAUAUAUUAUUAUUGUUGUUGUUGUUGUUAUCAUGUUGUUAUGGAACUGAAAGGACUGGUGGCAAGGAAGUGAGAGUUUUUGUCGGUGUGUUAAUGUUGUAACGAACGUCCAGUGUACUGCUUUGCAAACGCUGUCAAUCUUGGUGACGAGGAGUCCUGCUUGAGGGUUAGUCCACCGAAGCCAAGCUCUCAGGUCAAGUUUAAGAAGUGCCUGUGGGUCGGGGGGUGGGCAGCCCCAUGACGGGCUCGUGUGCCAACGGCCGGGACGGCCUGCCCCCUCGUCCACAGGCGGCCCGUGGUGUGUGAAUCUUGUGAACGGGGAGACCUCGGAGCGUUCUCACUGAACUGUAAGAACGGGCUUGUCGCUCCUCGACUCGCUCCUCCACUUGCAACAGAAGACUCACUUGGGAAUGUUCAUAGAGUUGCUCGGGUUCCGCCUCCGUCCGGCGCAGGACGUUUUGUCACCCAUUUUUGAAGCUCAAGAUUUUCUGGUAUGAGUUUUCUAAACGCCAUUCGCGGGGAUUUUUGUGUGAUUUUUUUCCCGACGAAAAUAUUCAGUGGUCGAAACGUUAUGUCUCCGUAUUGGUCCAAAAGUAUUGAAUUCGGUGCAUAAGGUUUAACCAUAGAGUAGUCCCAUGCCAGGUCGCCUCCGUCGCCGCGGCACGAGUACGCUUAUGACGUUUGGUGCUGUUAUAUAGUUUGUAAUGAUUAAUAACUCCUUGAUUCUUUUUUUAAACCUUGAUUUGUGAAAAUAGUUUUGAAAUACUGUGGUGCCGCUCUCCCACUCUGCGCGCAAAGCCAUCCUCCUUCCCCUGUGUUCGUCGGUCCGUUGGCCCGUUGCAGCCCGCGGCCUUGGCAACGGCCUUGGCAACGGCCUUGGCAACGGCCUUGAGGCCUGCUGCCUCGCGCAGGCCUCGGCCUGCCGGGGAAACCAUUCGCGGACGGAAAUUCGCAGUUUCCUGGCGACUGGGGCGAGGCGAGGCUAGCGAGGGACGAGCAACUUGCAACUCUUUCCAUGCCAUUCUUUCUGGCUGUCAUUCCCUUCACUGGGGGGUCCGCUCUCCUGGCCCCGCGACACCCCUGCUGCUGCUCUCGACUUAUUAAUUAACACGAUAGUUAUGGGAGUGUAGAGGUACUCCCGCCUUAAGCAAGGCACCUACUGAAACGAAUCUCUUCCAAGGUAGAAAAACAUUGUUGUGAGCGGCCGCCGGUAGCGCCCCUGAGCCCUCUAGGGUCACGUGGUGUGAAGGCGGUCCUGUGUGCGUGUGUGUGUGUGAGUGUGCGUGUGUGCGAGCUGCAGCAGCAGGGGUCCCUCGGGCAAACACGGCGACACGGCGGCGAGACGAUGGGUUUACCCCGACGCAACGUCAAACCGACGUCGAUUCGAACGACCACGCCCACACUGGAGACCAGACCCCAAACCUGUAACUCUUUGCACAAAACUGACAAAAUGGAUUUGCUGUCAGACGAAUCUGCUAGGCUUCUUCUAUGCUCGCACAAAAGUAUAAAGCUUGCCUUUCAAAUGGGAACUUUCUUUAAUCUACCAGCAGCAGUACCGUAGGGAAGAGACCAUCUUCGUUGGCCUGGAAUGACAUAGUGUACUCGGAAUCAAUUUUUCUCAGGUCCUUGUAGCAAACGUCAAUUUUGCUGCCGGGCAGGCUCCAUGAAAAGUUGUCACCUCUUCUAUGUCCACUUUAACCUACUAAAUCCACUCAUCUCUAGCUCUAGAAUCUCGACUCAAUGUGCAAAGAGGGGUUAGAAGAGAUGCAUUCGAGUCUUCGAAUGGCAGAGAAAAGUUAGACGACUGUACCUUUCAACUUCCCAUUGACGUCACUGCAUUAUUUACUCAUAGCCCUAGUAGUGGUCCUAGUUCUGACUGCUGGUACAAACUUAUUUCUUCUUCGAGAAUAUUUAAUCUUUAAACGAAAAAUAUGUAGUUGAUGAUCAUGUAUAACCUGUUGACAGUAUUCAAAGAUUUUCAAGGAGAUUGUAUAAUGUUGCCACAAGUAUAUAACUGUUAACACUUUAGUAAAAAAGAAAUAAACAAAAGUUUUAAAAAUAGGUUGGAAA